CCGUGUUGCCAUUCCCCUUUAUAUUCUGUCCAAAACCAAUCCCGGCCCUGAGAAGCAGAGGGGAGUGCUAAUUCCAUGUUAAUAAAUGUCCCUUUAUGACUCAGUCCGGGAUGAAAAUGAGCUGCACCAUGACAUUGAUUUAAAGUGUGGAUAAUAAACAAUUGCACAUGGAGGUGGUGCUUGCCAAACCUGCCCAGGAUCUGCACCAACCACUCCAUCUGGAUGCAGGGUUUGCAGGGUGCCAGGAUGCCUCUUGGAUACGAUCCCACGUGUUUCUUCAAGAGGGGCUUGGGGAACAAUUAAUACCCAAAGAUUCAUUCAGACUGCUGAAGAACAGAGGGGACCCCCUGUGCCACGUAGUUGUGGUGUCUCUUCUCUUCACUCAGUCUCCAGUCCAGAAACUCUGCCAACGCCUCCCUUAGGGAUUGCAGUGCCUGUGCUGAGAAAACAAAUGGCCCUGAAAUGGGGGAAAAAAGGGCAAUCAGAUGGUGCAGGUGUCCAAGCACGUCAUGGUCCCAUCUGCAGGCAAGAGAUUGGAGGGCUCCUCCCUUCUUGUCUGAUAAAAGCUGGCAGAGGCUGAGACAAGACUGAGCUUUGGCUGAGCCUGUGCCAGAGAGAGGAAGAAAAAAAUCCCAAGAGGAAAAAAACGCAGUGGAGAAGCAGCCAGUGGAAGAAAACCAUCUGGAGGAACCCCAAAACAGCACCAGCAACAGCAAGGAAAACACCAAGAAGUCAGGAAGAGAGGACUCUGAGGGUGCAAUGGCUUUCUUCCUCAAACCACGGCCAUGCACGUGGGACCUUGCCCUGGACUACCACACCGCCAAACAGUUUGAAGUGGAUGUAACCCUGGAUCCAGCCACAGUGGGUCCAGAGGUGAUCCUCUCCGAGGACCUCAAAGAAGCCACCUGGGGCAGACCUCGCUGCCAGUGGCCUGCGGGCCCAGGCCGGUUCGACACAGACCCGUGCAUGCUGGGCAGCGAGGGCUUCACCUCGGGCCGUCACUACUGGGAGGUGGAGGCCAAUGGGCGCUUCUGGGCUGUGGGGGUGGCCCGUGAGUCAGUUCAGAGGAAAGGCCGGGUCCUCUUCAAGCCCAACACUGAAAUUUGGGGCUUGCAGAAGUAUGAUGACCUCUGCGUUGCCCUCACAGCUCCAUCCAACACCUCUGUCCCAAUCCUCAAUGGGGAGAUUGGGGUCUACCUGGACUACGAGGUGGGACAGGUCUCUUUCUACGCUGUCAGCAGGCGCCAACGCAUCUUCACUUUUCCUGUGGCCUCCUUCAGUGGGGAGAGGGUCUUCCCCUAUUUUUGCGUGCUCCUCUCAACCAUUAAACUGUCCCCCAAGGGCUGAUGCCCUGAAAGGAUCCUCCUGAAAGCUGGUUGCAUCACAGUGGUUGGAAAUGCUGGUUGAUGCUCCUCAACUCUUAUCUUCCAAGUCUUGGAGUAAUUUCUAACUCAGUUCAUGGUCCUUCCUUCAUCUUAGAUGUCUCUGUUUUGGGUUAUGCCCAGGGGAUUUUGGGUCUAUGCUCAGCAUGGCUCAUCUCAAGUUGUUAAAUUAUGCAAAGCUUGUUAGGAGCUCGACUUCCCUGAGCUUGUUUUGAGCUAAAAACUUUUUUUUUCUCCCAAAUACAGCUUCCUCUGGAGGUUCCUUUUGCUGACCUCAGUGCUUAUGACUGGCUGGACUUCCAGCACAAAUUAAAAAUCUUGAUUUUUCCAGACUUUGUGUUAAUACCAGCAGCUAUUCCUCAUAUUAAAACUGAUUUAGUUAUCACAAGGAUGUGCUUACAUCCACUGCCCCCACUCUUUUCCUCCGCUGUUCCCCAUGCUUGAGAUGCAUUUCCAAGUACUUAUCAUGUAAAUAUGUUCACGAUAGAAUAAAUUUCUUUUAUUUUAUUUAAGUAGAAGGCAUCUGCAUUUGGGCCAUCACCAAGUUGCCCCAACCCCAAAAAGAGCCCCAGAGCUGCCCUGACCCCCCACCCCCCUGGA